UGCUUUAUAGAUAUGUGAGGCAGUCAGCACGCUUAGUUUUAGGAGAUUAGACUUUAAAUUUUGGAAAAACUGUAAACUUUGUAUACAUUUUCAAAUUCAUCGUAAAUAAACUCUAAACAAGAGUAUUCAUUCUAUAGGUGUGCACACUCUAGUAGGGGUGCGCAAAUCAACCAACCAAUAUACUACCUAGUCAAGUAAUUGUGGCGGCCAGAGGAGCCAACUGUAAUCCAGGGCUGGCGCUGCCAUUCAACGGUGUUGUGCUCCCGAUCUAUUCGAAUACUGCAUCGAUGACAAAUGGCUCUGAAUUCUCGCCUUCAAGCAACACCAUAAUCACAUCAAUCUACAAUUCCACAUCACGAAGUCAACAGGAACAGCUCAUAAACGCAACUGACUUGGAACGAGUGGCAUUUGCAUCAAAUAGCAACGUUGCGGAGACGAAGCCGGAAUCGGAUCCGCGCUUGGCAGUAAUACAGCGAGCACUUGACAUAAUUGUGGAAACCUGCCGGGGUCGACAUUUCAACAGUCUUUGGGCCGUUCUACUGCUACUGACUAAACUGAACGAUGUACGCGAAUAUCUGGUGACUUCCAUUAUAACUGAGCCAGCGACUGCAUACGAAACGUCUGAUCUGCUGAAUGAGAUCGAUUUAAAAAUAAAAACGCUAUCAACCAGAGUCGAACAAAUCAAAGGCGGACCCGAUACACAUCUCGAUCCGAUGGGCUUUGAUAUAAUUAACUGGAUACGUCACUGGUUGCCAAGCGGCGGCCGCAAUUCGAAGAACAGCAAGGAGCCCCCCAAUACUGCAGCUGAAGACAGCGAACGUUCUCGCAAGCGCUCCUACCCAAGCUUGGCUGACGGGGGUGAAACUCUACAGUUGAUCAAAUAUCGCCGCGUGGAUAAUACAUUUCCAAAAUAUAUGCCGAAUGACGUUGAUACUUUUUGCCGUAUGGCAAACCCAACCCAGCGCAAGGAGCCAGAGAACAACAACAGCAAUCGCAAUGCCUUCCAGUCGCAGCCGAAGCGUCUCUCGAUAUUUAACACGCCGCCAACACGGCAAGUUAAUGUCCGCAACAUACAGCCCACUUCGCCGAUCGAUCUGUCCGACUCGGACGAUCAGCAGCAUAACGAGAGUAACUUGUACCAAACAUUCGCUGAUCGUCUUGGCCCAAGUGGGCAGCCAGCGGCACGUCAGAAUGAGUUUGGACGCAUCUCGUCAGUUAGGCGCAACAAUUUGCUCUACUCCGACGCAUUGCGUUUCGGCACAAAUGGUUUUUCAACCAACAUCAACUACCAGCGUCCGUCUAGCAGCCUUGCGUCGUCCGAGGCGCGCUUAAAUGGUCACAGCAGCAAUAUGUUUGAGUCGGGAGUUCUUGGAAAAGAUUCCAUAUUGUCGCUAGAGGAACAGCGCAAUGAGCACAAUCAGUAUGUAAAUCUGAUCAAUAAUCUAAGUCUUCAUGAUCGAGAAUAUGCACGGCGUACGGCCGCUGCACGUGAAAAGGAGAAGCCACCGCCGCCGCCGCCAUUGCGUCCGAUCACCCUUAAUAACCCCGACUGGAUGCGCGCUUAUAUUAAGAACAAGGCCGAGUCCGGUGCGGCUGGACGAUCCGAAUAUGCUAAGCUCUUGAACAUCAAUUCGAAACCGGAUGAAGUCAAGUCAACCGAUCCACUGAGCACGAAACUAUCGUCAACUCCCCUUCAGAGCUACUUAAAGAGCGACAACACUGGCAACAGCACAAAUGUCGAAAAGUCGCCAAUAUUUAAAAUCGUAGAUGGCGUUCCCAGCCAACUGUCGGAAAAUUCGAAGCCGAUUACGCAGCCGCAGCCAUCGACCCCGAAGGAGCUGUCGAUGCCACGCACGAAAGCGCUGCAGAUUCGCAACAGCAAAUCGAUCUAUUUUGACGACAAUUACGGUAAGGUUUUUAACCAGAAGUGCACCAAAAUUCAGGAAGAGGUGCACCGCGCUCGGACAAUGGUACUUCAGGAAGCUGAACUGAGAACCGAGGAGCGUCGGGCAUUUGAGCAAGGGCUGCGUGAGAGCCUGGCCAAGCGACGCUAUGUCGGCCAGACAUUAUUUGUCUUGGAUAACUAUCUGGUUGAGGAGGAUAGCAAGCCAGAGUUUGUUCCAUGGACCGAUGCCCUUCAGCAGUGCUAUAAUGAGCUGAUUUUCGGCAAUCCUGACCAG